CAUGCUGAGCAGUGGGAUCCGGAGUUCAAGUGGACACACAAAGCGGAGCUUCACGCUCAUACUACCGUAUCGGAUGGCCAGAUGAGCCCGGAGCAGCUUGUUGAGUGGGCCGUGGCAUACGACUUUGACAUCCUUCUCGUCACGGAUCACAACACAAUUGAAGGUGGUCUCGCAGCAAAAACAUACGCCGAGAAGCACUACCCGGAUGAGUUGCUUGUCAUCCCCGGUGUGGAAUACACAUGUUGCAGAAUCCAUAUGAACCUGAUCGGGAUCAACGAAACAAUUAAACCACCCGCACCAUUUCCAACAGACGAGGACCUUUACUCAGCCAUCAAUUGGGCCCACGAACUUGGUGGCUUAGUUAUUGUGAACCACAGAGCAUGGUCAGCGGAUAUUGAAGAUCACUACGAUCAACCACGUCUCCCAACCCACCCAACCCUAAAACAAAUCGUCGAAUGGGGCGUCGACGGGAUCGAAUCCGCACACGAAGGUACAAUCGAUCUCCGUUCUUUACGACUCGCUCAGAAAAAUGAAUGGGCAUUACUCGCCGCAAACGACAUCCACGGCCCUUCUUCUCCCCCACGCGGCUACACCCUCCUCAACCUUCCCUCCUCAUCUCGCCCGACCCAAGCCUCAGUCGUCCAAGCUCUCCGCUCCUCGACCUCCGCCUCUUUCCUCAUCAUCCCCGAAGGCGUCUCCCCCCGUGCCUGGACCCACUCGAACCCCGCCUACGACAAAUACGCCCCACUAACCUCUGUCUCCUUCGAUUGGCUUUACGAAGAACGCAAGGGGAUGUACUCCUUCGUCGAUGGAUUUUGUCAUGAGAGAAGGUUCGAGAUGAAGUGGUGGCGAGUAUGGUGGUUUCUGGUAUGGGUUGUAUUGGGGUUCUUGGUGUAUGAGGUUGUGAGGGCUUUGGUG